ACUUGUAUGCUUUGUGGCCCAGGCGCAUCUGUAUGGCGGCUGCUGUUGGACAUUUAACCCAGAUAAACAUUUAAUCGCAAGAGUUUUCACAGCGGUUCUUUCAUGCAUGUGCCUCUGAUCUGAUUGAGACCCAGCUCGCUGACGGAAGGGUGUUGUUUCCUACACAAAAUAUGCUUAUCAAGUGUGAAUGGAGUAAAUAGCCUUUUCCUAGUCUCUCUGGAGUUGUAGCUCUUCUCGAAGCUUGUGAGACAGUGAGCAUGGAGCCGGUGGAGCAGCUGGAGUCUGUUCGAUCUGAGGUCUCGGAUGGGUCGAUGGAUGUAGGAAUCAGCGGGACCAGCACUCGACGGAAGAGGAGAAAGCGGGAACACCGGCCGGAGUCCAUCAUCGUCUACCGCUCGGAUCCAGAGAGAGCCGCUGGUGAAGAGCAUGGAGCAGAUGGUGAAACUGGCGAGAGGAACUCUGAAGAAGGGGCUACAUUUCUCAACAACCCCAGCACUGAAGGCUGGGCUGUGCCUCCAGAUAGUCGCUACGUGACGCUCACAGGGACCAUCACGCGUGGAAAGAAGAAAGGUCAGAUGGUGGACAUUCACGUGACGCUCACAGAACGAGAGUUGCGUGAGAUGGCGAGGUCAAAGGAGCGCCUGGAUGCCGAAUGCGACGCCCGAGAGGGAUCGAGUCGCUCGUGUGGAUUCGGCGUUUCUCAGGGUCCUCACGUCGUCUUGUGGAGCCUCUCCUGUGCUCCCGUGGUCUUCGUCCUGUCCUUCAUCACCUCGUUCUACUACGGGACGCUCACGUGGUACAAUAUUUUCCUGGUGUACAACGAGGAACGGACGUUCUGCCACAAAAUCACGGUGUGCCCCUUCCUCAUCAUCUUCUACCCGGUGCUCAUCGUGGCGCUUUCGCUGUCGCUGGCUCUUUACUCGGCCGUGGCGCAGGUGUCCUGGGCUUUCAGCGAGUGGUGGACGUCCGUCAGGGAUUUAGAGAAGGGUUUCUGCGGGUGGGCUUGUGGGAAGCUCGGUUUGGAGGACUGUUCACCCUACAGCAUAGUCGAGCUGCUGGACUCGGACACAAUCUCUGGGAGCCUGCAGGGAAAGUCGCUGGAAACAUCCUCGGUGUGAAUAGAUUUUCUCAGAUGGUUAUCGGUCCUGUUUAUUGACACUUGGAGAGUGUUAUGGGCUGUUUACACGUGGUAUUACGAUGCGUUUUGGUCGAUCGGAUCACUAGUAUACAGGUGUAAAUGGGGUCUAAAACGUUUUGAGCUAGUCCACUUUUGACCACUGCAAAAUGUUGUUGAAAACGCAUUUUUAUAGGAUUGCAAAUGUAUUCAAACAGCCAAAAAAUACUCAAAAAGACUCACACUAGCCAGACAGGAUUAAAACUUUGGUUUCAGGUUUGGUUUCAAGCAAGCGGCAAACUUCCCGUCUCUCUCUUGAAUCCAACACAGAAGUGACUUAAACUGCAAUUCAUCGACUGGCCACUAGAGACAGGCUGCAAAAGUGAGUCAAUCCCAUAGACCCCCAUGUUAAAAUACCCAACUUUACAGCAGAAAGAACUAUAUUUACAGUCUGGUACAAAAAGUGGUUUUGGUCUAUAUACCUAAUUUUGCCCUUCGUGACAACUGUGAGUUGGGUGAAUUGUUUUAUAACUCAUCCGUUAAAAUUAUAUUAAGCCUUAAAGGUAGUUGAAAAUGCAUUCGACUUGCAUUGCAAAUGUGUUUAAACUGCCACAAAUGACUCUCCUUAUAUUCUCCGCCUACUUCUACUUUGGUUUAAAGAUGAAAAACAUACCAAGCACAAUGUUCUCUCACCGUUCCUGAUUUCUAACACUCACACCGCUCUGCGUGAUCCUGUUUAUUGCCACUUGGUGAGUAUUAAUUUAGGAUCCUGGGCCAAACUUUUGUUUUGUUUUUCUUAUAGCUCACAGG